UCGGCAGUUACCUCUUUUCAGAAGAACAGCCUAUUUAUCCCCUUCCUCGCCAACAACUACGAAGUACGAACACACAGGUUCCCGAUCAACAUCGCCGUCGAUCCGCAUCGGAGUACAGCUCGUGCGGAUUUGAUCGAGGCGAUGGCGGCGGCAGUCACCGUCAAGCCGCUGAACGGCGCCGAGGAGUACCUCCGGUGGAAGGAGUCGAUGCUCCUCGUCCUCCACACCGCCGGCGUCGCCCACGUGCUCUCCGACGAGCCCCCGCCACCGACGCCGGCGGCGGCGGCGGCCGGAGUCAAGGAGGAAGACGGCGAGGCCGAGGCCGCGGCCGCGGCGGCGAGGAGGAGGUGGGCGCGCGACGACGCGGUGUGCCGCGGCCACAUCCUGGCGGCGCUCUCCGACCGCAUCUUCCCGGACUACGUCCGCCACGGCACGGCCAGGGCGGCGUGGGAGGCCGUGGCGCGCGCCUACGACGGCGCGGGCGCGCUCUCGGCCGGCGUGGCGCGCAGGGCGUUCGACGACCUCGAGUUCUACGCGAACGCGCCGCUGCUGGAGCAGAUCGCGCACGCCGAGGCCCUCAACGCCGCCACGAGGCUCCCGCUCGGCGACGAGGACCUGGCCGGGGCGCUGUGCGAGAUGCUCCCGGAGAGCGUGGGCGGGCCGGCCUCCGCGCGCUCCGGCGGCGGCGCCACCAUGCGCGACGUCUGGCGCGUCGCCCGGCUCGUGGAGACGCGCCGCGUUUGCAGGGAGGACAUGGAGCGCCAUGGCAGGUGCUGGAGGUGCGGCAAGCCGGGACACCAUACCAGCAACUGCAUGGGUUGAUCAUGGUGCUUUUGGAUCGAUGCUGGAACGACGGCCGGCGACGAGCGACGUGGCUUCCUGAUGGCUUAAUUAAUUUGCUGCUGUUAAUUAUAACUCCCUUCGUUCCAGGUUUUAAGAUAUUUUGGUUUUUUAAAGUCAAAUUGCUUUAAGUUUGAUUAUAUUUAUAGAUAAAUAUAGUAAUAUUUAUACUCCCUCCAACUAUUUUUGAUAGGCAUAUUUCCAAAUCUGAAAAAUUUAUUUUGAUAGGCAUAUUUCAAUCCAACAACCUACAUCUGAAUGAAUUUCUUAGAUUUAAUGCGUGACUCUCCAUUCUUUCACACAAGAUUGGCUCCAUGGGCAUCGAGAAA